AUGGUGCUACCGACCUCACUUUAUAUGGCUGGUUUUGCUAUAGGUCCUAUACUUUUUGGUCCCUUGAGCGAGUAUUUCGGGCGAAAGCCAGUCCUUACUAUUACAUACUCCAUAUACCUCAUCUUCACCAUGGCAUGUGCGCUAGCACCGAGUUUUCCAGCGCUCUUGAUCUUCCGAUUCUUUUGCGGAUUAGGAGGCUCAGCACCUAACGCCGUGCUGGGUGGUCUAUUUUCAGACAUCUAUGAAGAUCCCCACCAACGUGGAUUAGCAAUGUCCUGGUUCAUGUUUGCAACAACAUUUCCACCUCUGCUAGGUCCCAUCAUAUCCGGCUUCAUCUCAACCAUUACUUGGAGGUGGACCUUCUGGGCGGGCCUUCUUAUCGCUGCUCCUGGGUUCCCGCUUCUGGUCACAAUGCCUGAGACAUAUGUCCCGGUUUUGCGUGCGAAGAAUGGGAAGUCUGACGACGAAAAAGAGACUACGGACCCGAAUAAUUUAGCUGAUCUUCCAGGCGGAGAGUCUUUCUUUGCUAAGAUGAGUGUCGUGCUCAGUCGCCCAUUCUCGAUGUUCUUCCAUGAACCGAUUGUCUUUUGCUGCUCGAUGUACCUCGCGCUUGUGUAUGCAAUCUUGUAUCUGUAUUUUCAAGCUUACCCCAUCGUUUUUCAAAAUCUAUACGGUCUUUCUGCUGGUGUUUCCGGAUUAGGCUUUCUUCCAAUUCUCCCAGGGUCAAUUAUGGCAUUUGUCGCCUUUUUCCUGUACAGCUCGCAUCACAGCAAAGCAUUGAAAGCCGGACUCUCCUGGGCCAAAUCGGAAGAGUACCGCCGUCUACCUCUCGCAUGCAUUGGGGCCCCGGCAAUUCCUAUAGCUCUUUUUUGGCUAGGGUGGUCCUCGAGGCUCUCAAUCAACCCAGUCAUGCCGAUGAUGUCAGGAGUGUUCUUCGGGUUCGGUUACUUGUUGAUUUUCAUUGCGCUCAUCAACUAUCUCACUGAUGCGUACAAGCAAUUCUCAGCUUCGGCAGCGGCUGCAGCAAGUACAUCUCGAUCCAUAUUUGCUGUUUUCCUGCCUAUGGCUACCAACGCCAUGUACACAAAACUUGGCAUCAACUGGGCAAGCUCGCUGCUGGGGUUCUUUUCAAUAGGGAUGGCUAUUAUCCCAUUCGUGUUUAUUAAAAAGGGUGCUUGGAUCCGUGCCAACAGCAGAUUUGCUGGAAACCAUGUGAUUUCUCAUCAUGUAAACAGGAUCUAG